UUUUUUUUUUUUACAAUAUUUGGUUUUGACAUGGCUCUGGUUUUGUCUAGUAAAUGGGAGAUUGUUUAAGUUAAAACAACAACAAAAGUUAGUUAUACUGUCGUAUGUAUACGCGCCCAUUAUGUAAGAAUAACUUGUAAGCUAACUUUAAUUGUAAGGCGAAUAUAUUUUGUUUGUAGCUUGUGGUCGUAGUGCAGCAUUGGCCUGAACCAGUGUAUGGACUAAACCAGUGUAUGGACUGUCGCAUGAACGUUACUGGUGUCUCUUCCGCAUCUGCGAUGGACAGUAAACCAGUUCCCGCGAGGCUCCUGCACGCUUCUCCCCCGUACGGACACAUCAUCACCCAUGAGAAGUGGAGAGCAUCGGCUCUGCUGCAGAGCUUUAAAGGCAGUGUGAAGGUAAUCUUUGAGGAGGAGCUUGGUGUUGUGGACUUCUGUCUCGCUGAUAAGACCUGUGUCCUCUAUGUAUCGGAAAGUGAUCUGGUGGCAGGAAACAGCUACAGGAGGAAGAUCGUCCGGUUCAGAAAUGCGAACAGCGGUCUCCAGGCUGUGGUGAUCGUGGAAAAGACCCGUCUGAGCGAGCAGCACUUCAGCGAGCUGCAGAAGUUUGUGGUGUUGGAGCUGGGUCUGAUUCUCCUGCCCGUGUCCACUGUUUCUGAAGCUGCUCAGCUCAUCACGCAGCUGGUUCUCGGGGAGAACAAGGAGAACCCGUUCCGCAGGAAAAGUGCGUCCAGGCUGCUGGAGCCGGUGGUGUUGAGUCUGGUUCAGCAGAUUCCCGGAGUUGGAAAGGUGAAGGCCAUGUUGCUCCUUCAGAAGUUUCCCAGCAUCCAUCAGCUCAGCGAGGCUUCAGUCCAUGAACUAGAGCCCAUAGUGGGCCAGGCCACAGCCCAGCAGAUCACAGCCUUCUUCCACAACCAGUUCACAUAGAAAUGCAGGCUUCUCGAGCUGCUGUUCGGAAGUAACAUUAUUGGCUCAGGAAUCUUCAUCUCUCCUAAAGGUGUUCUGGAGCAUUCCGGAUCCGUUGGGUUGGCGCUGGUGGUGUGGG